AUGAUGGGGGUCAGACUCAGAGUCGCUCUCUUGCUCCUCCUGCUGGCUGUGAGUUGCAUAGCACAUGAAGAAUUCAAGAAGAACUGAUGUGUUUGUGAAUACCCAGGAAUACCAGGAGACCCAGGCCACAACGGAAUGUCAGGCCGAGAUGGACGAGACGGGUUCAGAGGUGACAAGGGAGACCGAGGGGAAAUCAGCAUCACCGGACCAAAAGGACAGAGUGGCCCCAAAGAAGACAAGAUGAGUACGGCUGGCCUGGCAGGAAAAAAGGGAAAAUGGGGUGAGAAUGGAGAGAAGGGGCCACCGGGGAAGAUGGGGCCCCAAGGAGACUCAGGGAACAUGGGCCUCAAGGAGAUCGGGUUACCAGGACCCCAGGGGCCAAAAGGGGAUUUGGGGCCUCUGGGACCUGAAGGCCAGAAGGGGGAGAUCGGGUUCCAGGGGGAGCGAGGCAUCCAAGGGCCCUUGGGACCCCCAGGACGACCAGGUUCGAAGGGAAACCUCGGCCCCCCAGGGUUCAAAGGCAACAUUGGUUACGACGGAGAGCAAGGGAAUCGGGGCGAGACAGGGGACAAGGGGGAGAAGAGGUACACAUCCCUUAUCCCAAAAAGUGCGUUCUCAGUCGGUUUAACCGAAUACAACAAACUCCCACCGGCGAACUUGCCGAUCAAGUUCGACAAGGUGAUCUACAACACUAGGGCCUACUACUUCACCUACCACAUCACUGUGUUCUCCCGUAAUGUAAAAGUAGCAUUAGUGAGAAACGGGGUGAAGGAUAACUACAUGAGCAGUGAGUAGUUAUCCACACCAUGAAUAACUACACGAUCAGGGGCUGUCCUGCACCUGGAGAAGGGGGACAAAGUGUCUGGAGGAGAGCUCUUUAACGGGCUGUUUGCUGAUGAAGAUGAUGAUAGAACCUUCUCUGGGGUCCUGCUCUUCGGUGCAGAUUAG